CCUUUAUCGCAUGUGUGCAUUUCACUCGAUUGUGAAACAUCAGUGUUAUUUAUAAAUGUCUUUAAAACCGAGUAGUAAUACUAAAAUUCCUUAUUCUAUAGCGCAUUGUUUAAAUAUUGUUUGGAUACUUUAAAACAAGUGCCUUGCAUACGAAAACUUUACAAAAGAUUGCAUUUGCGGGAAAAGGAAAUAACUGUACAAAUCCUCAAUAAGCACAAGCGUCUGUUCAAAUCAUGCUUAGUGACAAACAGUUCAAGGAACUGGAAGACAAAGGCUACACGGUCGUCGAGAACGUGAUCAGCAAGGCGGACUGUGACCAGGCAGUGAAGGAGUACAAGCAGUGGUUGACUCACUUCGGGAACAACUUCCCUAAGUGCUUUAAUUCAAUAAUUAAAGAUCACAAUGUUGGUCACAUGGAGACAACGUGGCGAUUGAGACUCAAGACAAAGCCUGUGUUUGCUCAGUUAUGGCACACUGAGAAACUGUUGUCCAGCUUUGACGCCAUCGCUAUAGGGAGACCACCGGAAGAUGGCGUUGAAGAAUUUCAAUCGGAGGAGAAGAACACAAGCUUUGUUGAGCAUUUAAACCAAUAUCAUAAAGUCAACGAAGAAAAAGUUACCGAUGAAUUUAUACACAAGCAGGCUGUGGAUGCAUUCUACGUGUUUGAUCAUACAAAGCUGUAA